AUGGCUUCCUCUGCUACCAUCCAUCGACGUCCACCGCCGGCAGAGGCUGUGGUGGCCAACCCGCUGCCGACGAUUCUGCAGACGCCUGCUGGCCUGGCCCUGCUCGAGCUGCAGGGUACCAUCAACCUGUUUGGACUGAACGAGGGCCGAGUCGGAGACGAAGACGACGACGACUCGACAACAGCAACUGUCACGCCCAUCGGCCACCUCGACUUCCCCGACUACAAUCCGGGCGGCGACCCUGCCGACACGGCCUGGAUGCAACGUGUCCACCUCCGCGUUGGGCGCUUCCAGCGGCUGACGGGCGAGGUCAAGAAGCUGCCGCGACCCAUAGCGGUGGUGCAGCGCAGCAGGCCUGAGGGAACAGACAGCACGAAGACGGGCGACCGUCUGGACGUGGUGGAGAUUGUGCACUACAAGCUCCAGUUCUCGCAGCGGCCGGAACCGAUGACGACAAGCAUGCACAACAGCUAG